UGGUUGUGGUGUAAUGCCAUCCCUACCAUGGUGUUUAAUUCUGCUUGGAACCCUAAGGAGCAGAGAGACAGAAUUGAAAGGGGAGCUUUAGAGAGAGAGAGAGAGACUCCAUCUCUUUGAUCAGAGCUUAGCAAUGGCAGCCAAACUCACGUCCCCAGCUGCUGUCGUCACUUCUCUCCCCCAAUUUACUGGUCUUAGAUUCUCGAUUUCAACUGCCCGAGUAGAGAACUCGGUGACAGUUCAACCCAUCAGAAACAAGGGCAAAGGUGCUUUGGGUGCUCGCUGUGACUUCAUUGGCUCAUCUACAAAUUUGAUCAUGGUGACCUCAACAAGCCUCAUGUUAUUCGCCGGAAGGUUUGGUUUGGCUCCAUCAGCAAACAGGAAGGCUACUGCAGGAUUGAAGCUGGAGAUAAGGGAUUCUGGGCUACAGACAGGAGACCCUGCUGGUUUUACUCUUGCAGAUACCUUGGCAUGUGGAGUUGUAGGGCAUAUAAUUGGUGUUGGAGUUGUUCUAGGUCUUAAGAACAUUGGUGCCAUUUAAUUCCUUAGAAUGCAUGGGCUGAGGUAUCUGAUGCCUUGACUAUAAAUGGCUAUAAAAUUAGUUGGACAAAGGUUGCUGAUUUCAUGGGCUUUCCUUUUAUUUCAGUUCCUGCUUAUAUGAGAAUUGUUUCAGCAUUGCAAUUUGCUAAAA